GCAAUUAAGUAGUAAAGAAAUUGAAUAUAGAGUAAAUGAAUAUCAAAUCGGACAACCUAAAGGCGCACUCACCAUUCUUGAUAAAAAAAAUAAUUUCAUAGGAUUUAUACUAUCUAAACCUAAACUUGAAAAAAAAGGCAGAUCCGAAAUAGUCUAUGCAUUGUCUCAGAAAUAUUGGGGCAACAGUAUUAGACACUCAGUCUUAAGCAAGAUGGUUAAUGAGUGGGGCCCAGAAGUACAUAGAAUUGGCUUAGGAGAAAAUUUUGACAAACAAAAUAAUCAAAGGAUUCAAGAAAUCUUUCAAUUCAAUGGCAAAGAAUUAGAACAAUUUUACACUACAGUCAGGCCUAUAAAUAUCACUUCAUAG